UCUGAUGCCACCUAGUGGUUUGAAGCACACAAAGAGGGUAAUAGCUUUGAGUGUUGGCUGUAGUUAACUCUCUCUAGGCCUAACAACAAAAUCAACUAACAGAUGAAUGUGAACCCCUUUUGAAUUAUGUUAAGCUGAAUACUGACCAUUGGACUAAAAAAACACUAGACUAGACCAUUACUUAACACUCUAAAAGGCGACACAAUGAAGAUGGAACUGGAUUAAAGAAAAUCGAGUCAGCACUGAGGAACAGCAUUUUCUACUUGAAAGGCAAUUUAUCUUUAGCUGAACAUGACAGACUAUGAAGUGUCUGUUCAGCAGCUCAAUGAUCUGUUGACAGAUGAAAACGGAGACUUCUGUAUGCCCUCCAAACAAUUCAAUGAAGUUUACCCCGGGAUACUCCUAGGAAAUGAGUCUGUAGCUACAAAUGUAACACGUUUGCAUCAGCUGGGAGUGACACACAUCCUCAAUGCUGCAGAAGGCCAAUCGGACAUGCAUGUGAAUACGGAUGCGGAGUUCUAUGCGGAUACAGGGAUCAUCUAUCAUGGGAUACCAGCCUUUGACACUGACCAUUUUGACCUCAGCGUAUAUUUUGAAGAGGCUUCUAAUUUCAUUGAACAAGCUUUGGCAAUGAAAGAGCUGAAGGGUCUUGGUAAAGUGUAUGUACACUGCCAGAAAGGCUACAGUCGUUCGGCUGCGCUAGUGAUCGCACACCUGAUGCUGCAGCACAGGAUGGAUGUACGAGCUGCUGUGGCCACAGUGAGAGAGAAACGGGAGAUCGGGCCCAAUGAUGGAUUCCUGGGCCAGCUCUGCCAGCUAAACGAUAGGCUGGCAGGUGAAGGAAGGCUGUGUGUUGAUAAUACCUAAAUAUAUAACCUAAACAGGCCUACAUAUAAAAUGAUUAGCUAAAUUAAUGUUUAAUAUUUCCAUUGAAUCUGUUUUUAUCAUCUAAAUGUUAGCAGUUAGCAAGUCAAUUUGGGUGAGUUGGCUAUUUGGUUUGUUAUUUCAGCAUGUCUCUUGUUUUUAGUAUCUUCUGCCCUUUAGUGUUACUAGUGACCGUAGUUUAUGCAGUACAAAGUGUCAAAUUAAUAUUCAAGCAUAUAUGCCCUUCUCUAGCUCUCUCUAAACAUAAGCACAUAGUUGCUCUGACACGUAUAUAUUCCUGGUAUUUAUUUGCUAUAAAACUAACCAGUCUUUCUCGGUAUAGCUAUUUGUUUUGUGCUGUGAUAUCAAUUACAGUGAUCCCUUUUUAGUAGUCAAUGAUAACUACAGCUUUGUCACAAAUAAUCAAACACAAGAGGCCUUCACAACAGACAACAAUCAUUUAUUAAACCUUUUUUAAAGUGAAAAGUAGCACACAUUCCUGAGUUACUUUUAAACCCCUCCCACAUGUUUUGCUUUCGUCUGAUUGGUAUUGAACACAAGUUUAUUUUGAUUGUAUACCUGCAAAUAGGACAUGUUUUAUUAAUAAUUUCUACUUGGUUCUUGUAUGUGAAAUAUGAUCUUAUUUGUUAAAGUAGUUACAUGCAAAUGAAUUGCUCAAAGCAAAUAUCUUGAAAAUACAUAUAUUGACCAAGUCACAGUCCAAUGAUGGUCAGCGGUUUGAGAAUCGGUUAAAAUUGUUAAAUUUUUCCUAAAAUAAAGUUGAAAUAUAAAAAAAGAAAAGAAAAAAAAAACAGUCUGCAUUGCACCCACUAAUCCACUGAUCAGAGAGGCAUUGUAGGGAAAACCUCACAGGCCUUUCACAUCCAUUACAGGUUUGUACUAGGACAGUUUCAUAGAAGGAUAAUGUACAAUGCUACAAAGGAUGAUUUAACAGCAAUUCUGCACUGCUGGAGUAGAUGGUGCAUCGCCGACCCAUAAAGGAGAGGGCAUCUUAACAACUUCCCGUAUAAGCAUAGUGUUCAAAAUCGAGUAAAAGCACAUGGAUUAUGCUUCACGAGCAAGAAAAGGACACAGACAAACAUCAUUUGUACAAGCAUCAUUGUCUUUGUCAUUAUAUAGAGCUAUUUGUGAUAGAGAGAAUGCAGAUAAAAUCAUUGUUAAAGAAGAAAAAAUGUAUCUAUAUAUUACUAAUCAAGCAGGGGUGCAAAACUCAGUUUCUGGAGGACCACAGCCCUGCAAAUUUAAGCUCCAUUAAUUAAACACACCUGAUCCAGCUAAUCAAGUCCUUCAGGCUUAUUUGAAAACGACAUGGUAUAUGUGUUGGAGAAGGUUUGGAACUAAACUGGCUGCGGCCCUCCAGUUAUUGAGUUGUGUACCCUUGGUCUAUUGCACUGAAUGGGUUUACAAAUCAAUAGCCGGUGAGGAUGAGGAUGGUUUCUUAAAGUAAGUGCGCGAGGUCCUGUUGUGUAUUAGACCCUGUUGAAUACUGUAGAUUGAGGUACUAGUGAUGGUGGUUUACCUCUCAAAGAAACGCAGAUCUGCUGCAGAUGUGUCUUUUUCUGACUGAAUAAAAGUCUUGGCGUCUUUUAACUAUGUUUCUAACCUGUCAGACCUACAACUACAUUCAUUCCAGCCUGAUCGCAUUAUGGCAGUCUAAGAUACUGGAGAGGUGAGAAGUGCUGUGUUUGACACAAAAGUGACAUUAAUAAGUCUAUGUUGAACUCAUCCUCAUAUAUUGUUCACAUGUAAGGUAUGAAGGUUUGAAAUAACAGAAGUGCUCAUCAUCAAAUCACUACAAGACAAUCUUGAUAUGGGAGACAGACAGCGUAAAUACUAAUGAAGGGUGUCAAACCAAUUAAACACAUGCGAAGCACGAUGGCUGUCCACACUGAGCACUUACACACCCACAGUACAGUUCAGAUUGAAAAACAUGUACAACAAAGCACAGUGUCUGACAUCAACUUUAGUUUUGCUCUGUUUGAACAAUUGCUCGUCACAAUCCGCUCACUUAAAAUUCACAGCCUGAAAUUUUGUAUUUUUCCACUCAACAUAAAAUACAGCAAGUAUUCAUACUUAAGAAUGAGUGCUUUGUCUUUUUAUUUUUUACAUUCCUCAUCAGAAGAUGGACAGUUUUUUUUAAGGAAUGGCAGGACUUUUUUUCACACUUGAACUUUUGGACCUCAAAUAUGACUUGCUACAUUGCAGACAUGGACAUGUAUUUCACAUGGAAUUUAUUGGGGCGUGUAAAUUUUCCAGAGGGCUGUUGAGAAGACUUUGCUUAUUUUAAGAUCUAUUAAAGGAGUCCUAUCAUACAUUUUAUUUUUAUAAAAAAAAGAGGUCCACUUAUAAUUUUUUGCUCCGACAAUAAUCAAAAUUUAGUUUUUAAUAACUGUUUUUACAUCUUCUUGCUGAUACUUAACAUUGAACAGGCUGUUUUGGCUUGAAGUCAUAAACAGUUUAUUUGCAUGUGAAAUGAGCAACAGGCUUUGCUGUGCUCAUCUGUAAACUGAAUCCAAUCUGCUCUGAAAUGUGUGCUGAAACCUUGUUCAAAAUGAUGUUUCUUAAAAGAAUAUUUCACUCAAAAAUGAAAAUUCUGGGCUCAUUUACUUGCCCUCAUGUCUUUCCAGAUUACCUUUCAAAACUUCCGUUCAUCAUCUGAACACAAAUCAAGUGUGUGUUUUUUUUAAUAUUCUCUCAUCAUUUUUGUAAAAACUGGGCCCAAUGCACUGUUAAAUAUGAAUUUGUUUUAUCCAUAUUUUGAACUCUGCAUUGCAUGUUGUUUUUUAGGGUUAAAGGAAACGUCCGUAAAUUUAAGGGAUAUUGUCCUGGUAUUACCUCUCCCGUUUUUUCCCCUUUUUUCUAACUAUUAUUAUUUAUUUAUUUUUCUUACAGAAAAUGUUAAAAACCAUAUUUGAUGAUAUCUAUGUUUGUAUUUGUAAAAAAAUCCUAAAUUAACAAAUAAAGCACUUCUUGAUUCUUGAUUCAUAUAGAUCAAUCAUAUAGAUUGAUCAAACCUUUGGUUGUGUGGACUUUAAAUAAAUUGACAAAAAUUUGGAGAAUAUAUUAAAAUAUCCUCAUUUGUGUUCAAAGAUGAACAAACGUUUUAUGGAUUUGAAACAACACGAGAAUGAGUCAAUUAUGAUAGAAUUUUCACUUUUGGGUGAAUUAUGCCCAUUAACACUGGGAUCCUACAGAAGGAUCUGCAGAGCAGUAGGUGCUACACACAGCCAGGAAAAGCACAAAGUUUGAUGUAAUUUCCAACAUUUUACUCUAAUCGUUAGUCCUUCUUGUAAUAUUACCUAUCUUGCUUUGUCAUAGUGAGUGGGCACCAAAUAAGAAUGGCUAAUAUAUAAAUGUUGGUGGUCAUAUGUUGAUAUUCAGACAAAUACAUUUUUGCUGCAUAGUUUCAGUAAAUGCCUUUAAAUUUGGACAAGGGAAGAAGUUCUGAAAGUUACAGUCUGAUUUCAUAGUACAAUUAACUUUUAUUUCAAAAUAUCAUGAUAUGACCCCUUUAAGAGUCAAAGUCUCAAUCAACAUAUUCAUGAUUUGGCUAGGUGUAAAGGACUGAAUUCUGCUCUAAUAAAAGUCCAGCAAAACAAAUGGCUUCCUGAUUCCCCGUUAUCAAGAACAGGGUCUGUGGGCAGGGCUCAGCUGAGCUGACCAUUGCUGGUGCAGAAGAUUGUGACUGUGGGCAGUGCAUGUUUGCAGUGCUGGUGGGUUAGAUUGAGCCUGAGUCAGAUGCAUGGCCUCAUGGGAGUCCCGUGCCUGAGUUUAGCUAGUCACAGUGAGUUUGUCCUUUCUGCCCUUUUGUUCCUCUAUGUCACUUUAAACGGAGGCUGCGUCUCACUUCCUGGAGCCAUACUGACACAGUAUCAAUCAAAAAGGACAUUGAAACCCUGCCAUGCGUCUGAACCACAAAAAUUAAGCUGGUUAAACUACUUGAAGGGAUGCUUUGGGGGUCCGGCUCUGUCCUUUGCUGGGGAAGAGUUCAUGUAAAGUUUUUGUGUGAGAUGUACAGGCGCACAUGCACAGGUCAGGUUUGGAGGCACAGGGACCACAGAACUGGGCUGAGAAAAAUUGAGGUUUGUAUUACGCAAGAGCCAUCUUCCUGUGCCACUUCUCCAGCAUUUGCUUAAAGCAAAAUAAUCUGCUAAGCAAUCGGUUAGCUCUGUUACAGCACAGUGAAAUUCAUUCAUAGCACAUUCUUACUGUCCUCAGAAACAGGGAACAAGACUGACACUUGGUCCCACAUCACAUCAUGAAAGGGAAAGCAGUAUACAUACACGUGAGUGAGGUUGCUGUCACACGUAUGUGACAUUUUAGUGUAAAUGUGCACAUUCAUGUACAGGUUUAAGCAGGAAUAUACAUGCAUGAGCAGGUGAGUGAAAAAGACUGUGAUGCAUGGAUGAGGGGUGAGGUAGUCUGUUUGAAGAGAUGGAGAGGUAAGUGACACUCAUUUCCUCUUGCAAGAAGGUUGUGGAGAUUUUAAGUUCCCUACUUUCAAAAUCAGCAGAGAUGUAGUGUACAAUUGGGCCAAAAGUAAUUUCUAUAUUCAUUUCCCUCUCAAAACAAUGGAUAGCCACAAACUCAAAACCACUACAGUACUACCCUAAGGACCUGUCUGUCGUUAUGCACUGCAAAAUAAAUAAGGUUUAUUUGAAGUCAUUUAUUAAUUUUUAAAACAUUGUAAAUGUUGCGGAUGAAACUAAUGAGAGUCCUUGAAAUGAUACAUUUUGCAACGAUGCUUGUUUAUGAUUUUCAGUUUUGUUGAAGAUGAUUAAGUCAACAGUUUUUCAGCAAACUAGCAAUUAGUAAAUUACUAAAUGAGUAUUUGGGAAAAAUUUGUAUUAGGUAAAACUAAAGUAGCAACAGAUUGUGAUAAAAGUGUAUGUGAUUUUGAUUAAACAUAACAGUGCCAAAAAAUGCACUAAUGCGCGAAUUAAUGGUUCACAAAAAGAACAAUAACAUGCAUUUAGAAAACAGAUGUGAUGAAUUUUCAUUUUAUGCUGACUAUAGAGUUUCUUUCUUCUGUUGAACACUAAAGAAGAUAUUAUGAUAUGUUGGCAACUAAACAGUUGAUUGAUGGUAGUAUUUGUUUCCAUACUAUGGAAGUCAAUGGCUACCGUCAACUCUUUGGUUACCAAGAUUCUUCAAAA